UUAGCCAGGGAGAUAUUUAUAUCCCCCGGGAAGUUUUUUUCCGCUCUGGGGGAGCCCCAGAGUCGGUGGUGGCCGCUGAAUCCAGGCCCCCGCGGCGGCCCCCAGCCAGACCCGCUCGCCAUGCCGCGGGCCCCAGAGGCCCCCCCGGUGCAAGUGUGGGUGGGCGGCCAGCUCUUCCAGGCCGAGCGGGCCCUGCUAGUGGAGCACUGCGGCUUCUUCCGUGGCCUUUUCCGCUCCGGCAUGCGGGAGACGCGCGCGGCCGAGGUGCGCCUGGGCGCGCUGAGCGCUGGCGGCUUCCACACCAUGCUGCAAGUGCUGCGCGGCGAGCGGCCGGCGCUGGCGGCCGCCGACGAGCUGCUGCAGGCCGUGGAGUGCGCCGCCUUCCUGCAGGCGCCAGCGCUGGCGCGCUUCCUGGAGCACAGCCUCACGUCGGACAACUGCGCGCUGCUGUGCGACGCGGCCGCCGUCUUCGGCCUGCACGACGUAUUCCACAGCGCCGCGCUCUUCAUCCGCGACAGCGCGCACGACCUGGCGGCCGAACUGGCGCUGCCCGAGGCGCGCGCCUACGUAGCGGCGCUGCGGCCCAGCAGCUACGUGGCCGUGAGCACGCACACGCCGGCGCCCGGCUUCCUGGAGGACGCGUCGCGCACGCUGUGCUACCUAGACGAGGAGGAAGACGCGUGGCGCACGCUGGCCGCGCUGCCCCUGGAGGCCAGCACGCUGCUGGCGGGUGUGGCCACGCUGGGCAACAAGCUGUAUAUCGUGGGUGGCGUGAGGGGCGCCAGCAAGGAGGUGGUGGAACUGGGCUUCUGCUAUGACCCGGCCAGCGGCACGUGGCGCGAAUUCCCCAGCCCGCACCAGCCGCGCUACGACACGGCGCUGGCUGGCUUCGACGGCCGCCUCUACGCCAUAGGCGGCGAGUUCCAGAGGAUGCCCAUGAGCUCUGUGGAGCGCUACGACCCCGCUGCGGGUUGCUGGAGCUUCGUAGCCGACCUGCCGCAGCCGGCUGCCGGCGUGCCCUGCGCCCAGGCGUGUGGCCGCCUCUUUGUGUGUCUAUGGAGGCCGGCUGACACCACGGCCAUAGUAGAGUACACUGUGCGGGCCGACACGUGGCUGCCGGUGGCCGAGCUGCGGCGCCCGCAGAGCUACGGCCACUGCAUGGUGGCCCACCGCGACAGCCUCUAUGUGGUGCGCAAUGGACCUUCCGACGACUUCCUACACUGCGCCAUCGACUGCUUCAACUUGGCCACGGGCCAGUGGACGGCGCUGCCUGGCCAGUUUGUCAACAGCAAGGGAGCUCUCUUCACAGCGGUGGUGCGCGGCGAUACAGUCUAUACGGUCAACCGCAUGUUUACGCUGCUCUAUGCCAUCGAGGGUGGCACCUGGAGGUUGCUCAGGGAGAAGGCCGGUUUCCCAAGGCCCGGCUCCUUGCAGACCUUUCUUCUUAGACUGCCUCCUGGCGCCCCGGGGCCUGUGGCCUCCACGACACCAGAACUGUGACCCUGGGCUGGUCUUAGGAGGGGAUAUCCCGGAGUCUUCGCUGAGCCAUGGCAGAGUCUAUAAAGCCGGCCUUUGGA